GGUGGCGACUCGGAGCCCCUGCUGGGGUCCACGGUGCCAGAACUGCCGGACGAGUCCAUGCAGUCUGCGGCCUUUGCUGAUGAGGCAUCCGAGGAUGAAGAGCAUCCUGAAGCCAACUCUGGAGUUUCAGUGGACAAGAGACAGCGAGGCGAAGAGAGAGAAGACAGUAAGGACGAGCAGAAGGAGGAGAGGAGCGAGAAGGAGGAGGAGGAGGAGGAGGACAAUGAGCAGAUUGAAGAAGGGGAAGCAUCUGAAGAGAACGACAAAGCGGAUGAGCAGGCAAAAGGACGGCAGAGUAGCGAAGAGGAAGAAGCUGGUGACAAGAAAGGUGUUGAGAAUGAGUCGGGGGAGGCCGAGUCGGAGGAAGAGCAGGAAGAGCAAUCAGAGGAGCAAGCAGAAGAGGAGCAGGAGGAGGAGGAGCAGGAGGAGCAGGAGGAGCAAGAAGAGGAACCAGCUGGAGAUCAAGUCGAGCCGGAGGAAGGGGAGAUCGAAAGCGAGGAGGCAGAAGAUGAAAGCAGGACUCAGCAAACUGAUGGCAAGAAGGCAGCUCGGAGAUCCUCGAGCCCUGACAUUUCGGAGAACGUGUCCGCAAUCAAGCUCGUGGAGAAGAAGGAUGUGAAGCGGCGUGGGUCUUCGGGUAGUGCACCACGGAAAAAAGAAAAGAAGCACAAGAAAAAGAAGCAUUCGGGCAAACGACCUCCUGACAGCUCCUCUGAGCGAGCCACUGAAAAGCGAGGCGAUGCACCUCCAGCUUUAGGAGAUGGCAGCAGAGCGCGGCCCCGAUCCCGAACUUGCAGCCGAAGGCCCCUGCCUCGCCGGAAGGCUGGUAGGGACGGCGGGGAUGGUAGGGAGAGGGAAAGAAGCAUGGCAAGAGUCAAGGACGAAGCCCUGCCAAGGAGACGGGCGAGAAGUGCAGAUAAACGAUCACCACGGCGUGACCCUUCGCCAAUAAGGCGGACCAGGAGAGGUGAUUCUGCACGGGCUCCACGUGCCAAUGAGGGCAAGCGGAGGGAACCACUAGAGAAAGAUGACAAGAAGGACAAGGACAAGCGAGAGAAGCGCGACACCAGAGACAGGAGAACCUCGCCAGAGCGUAGAUCGACUCAGCGAUGCAGGAGGUCUCGAAGCGGCAGGUCCAGAAAUCGGCGGUCGCCAAAGCGCAGAUCUAUGAAGAGAAGAUCUCGUAGCGGUAAGAGAUCUCCGAGCAGGAAACAGCGCAGAAGAUCCAGAAGUCAACGGUCUCGAGGCAAGAGGAGUCCCAGCACUGGCCGUGCCGUGCGGGAUGAUCUGCGUAGGGUGCCGGAGGUUGCAGCCAGAGCUGAGAAAGAAGAUUCUCCCAGGAAGGACGGGAAGGAGGCUGAAGCUGCAGAGCAGGCAGAGCCAGUUGCCACACCGACAGCGACCGCGGUGGUCAACACGUCGGCGACAAUGACUGGUACGUCCACCUCGACACUACAGCCGAGUUCCAAACCGCCAGAAAGUGAGGACUACUUGGAGCAGGCUGAGAAGGCUGUCCUGAAGUCAAAUCCCUGCAAACAAUGCAUGCAUGCGCCGUCUCAGACUGUCGGGUUGCAGCUUAAAGUUUACCAAAAGAUCCUCGUCAGUAUCAUCCGCCCCAGACGGAGACCCGCCCAAACCAGUAAGGAUGUCAUUGGCUUCCAAAAGGAGGGUUUGGAAGGCAAAGUUGCAGCCGAGCGCAGAAGCACCCGGCCAAGCUCAUAA